AUGACCAAAACUUUUCACUCUUUCUCAAAGCUGCCAGCUGAGCUCAGACUAUGCAUCUGGGAGUUUGCAGUUCGGCCUGCGGGUCCCGAUCAUCCAGGAGCUCAUUUCUUUUCAGUCCAACGAGACGUCAAAACGGGCAAGCGCUUCACGACAUUCCCCUCCUUUACACAGAAGUCGAAACCACUCUGGAAGGAGAAUAACCCUUCGGCAUACUUCUACGACUUUGGCAUGUGGACAGCCUGCAAGGAAUCGAGAAUGAUCGUCACCAAGCAAAUGACAAGACGUUACAAAGGCCUGCGAUGGGGAACAAACCGCGCUGUUGCUCACAUACGACAUGGCCAGGAAAACAUAACCUUUGGUAUACUUCCGGGGCCAGGUCUCAUUUGCAUGCAGCUUCCGGAUACGGAGGCUCUUUAUCCUUAUGAGGAUGAUCCUCUCUCGUACCUCGAUAUACAGCGCUUGGGCUGGUACGGGGGGUCUGUUGCUAUUGCGUUCGAAUACGACGAAUCCUGGGCGUUUGAUCCUGAAAAAGACCACAUUGGUACCAUGAUGGACGAGCCGGGUCCUCGGGGGGGCGUUUCUUAUACUCCUCGACAGGGUGAUUUCUGA